AGUUCUACAAAUUCUGCAACUUUCUUUCUAUAUUUGGUGAUUUUUGAAACCCUCUUGUUGACCGAUUUUCUCAAGGGUGACUGUUCACAAAUGUGUCAACUUUUACUGGAGACUUUUCUAGCUUUUUAUGACACAAAUUUUAAAGCGUUUAUUGUUUAGUUGUGUCUCUUCCCAUCUGGCAAGAACAGAUGCUGCCAUGAGGCUCCACCCCAAAACGAUGUGACAGCUGAGUGGGAUCUACCGUCACAUAGAAAAGUGCCAAUGAAUUUUGAUCGUACAAUGUUGCAUUAGAUCCCGCUUUUAAAAGAUCACAACUUUGAUAUAUGUUGUCAAAUGUGUUAUAUGUUGUAUAUUGUUCUUUAAAACAUGUGUUAAUUAGCUUUGCAGCUCUAUCUCCAUAUCAAAGUAACUCACGCUUUUCAGAAUCACGAUGUUCAAAUAAAGUCAUGAAAUGGAUUUGGGGUUUCUUGCAAGUCUGAAUAAAAUCUAGAUGGUUUCACUGACUUUUUGUCUCUUCUACAAAAUUAUUUUCUUGGUUAAAAGGUUUUAAAAAAAUAAACAACAGGUAAAUUGAGCGAUUACAACAUUAAUUAACUUUUAAGGACUUCUAUGUCAGACAUUUUGUAAAAUUAAAACGUCUUCAAUAAUUUCAACAUCUGAAUAAGUUAAAAAUUAUAGAAAAAAAUAAUAAAUAAAAAUAGUAAAUUAACAUUUUUGUUAAAAAUGAUAAAAAAAACUGUUAACAUUACACACAGUGAUUCUGUAAAAUGCAGGAGUCAUGCAUUUGUAACAUGAAUGACACUAAAAAUAACUUCAGAAUUAUCAUGUCUUGAUUUGAUUGGAGGAGCACAGUCUACCUCAGAGAACAAGGCCAUUUAUUAGAGUAUAAAGCACUGCCUCACAUCGUUUUUGGUUUGUAAAAAUACGUAUCGGUAUCAAUAUCUGGAUAAAGUUGCAGGUCCGUUUUGGUCAGUGAAAGGAUUAUAGAAUUUCAGGACCAGUGGAUUUGAAAUGCUUUGUAAACAUGAGUCUCUGCAUAAUGUCACUGUUUGUGGUUAUUGUGAGGAUCCUAGCAGAAGAAGAAACUGCUGUCUGUGAAAUGUGGGGCAGCCCAGAGUUCCCUUUGCUGUUUAAGUCAGGAGAUAUUAUGAUUGGAGGAGCUUUUUCUAUGCACUCUCAAAUUGAUGCCUCUUCAGUCACUUUAAGUGAUGCUCCAGAUCCUCUGAUUUGCACCAGAGUGAACUUCAGAGAAUUCCGUUUUGCUCAGACAAUGAUUUUUGCCAUUGAGGAGAUCAACAAAAGCAGCUCUUUGCUGCCCAACAUCUCGGUUGGUUAUAAAAUAUUUGACAGCUGUGGUUCAACCCUGCCUUCAACACGUGCAGCCAUGGGUCUGAUUAACGGACAGGAAAAGACUUUUGGAAAAAGCUGCUCUGGUCAGUCAACCGUUCAUGCCAUCAUUGGAACAUCUGAGUCCUCUUCAACCAUCGUCUUGUCUCAAAUUAGUGGAAUUUUUCAAAUGCCAGUGAUCAGUCACUUUUCUACAUGUGCAUGUCUCAGUAACAGAAAGGAGCACCCCUCUUUCUUCAGAACCAUCCCCAGUGACUAUUAUCAGAGCAGAGCGCUGGCUCAGCUGGUAAAGCACUUUGGAUGGACAUGGGUCGGUGCAGUGAGAAGUGACAAUGACUACGGCAAUAAUGGAAUGGCAACUUUCAUUGAAGCUGCAACCCAGGAGGGGAUUUGUGUUGAAUACUCUGAGGCCAUCGCAAGAACUGCCUCCAAAGAGCAGGUUGAGAGGGUGGUCAGAGUCAUCACAAGAGGCACUGCAAAAGUUCUAGUUGCCUUUUUGGCUCAGAGUGAGAUGGAUAUUCUACUUGAAGAAGCUUUGAGGCAAAAUCUAACUGGGUUACAGUGGGUGGGAAGCGAAUCUUGGAUCACCGCUCAGCAUUUGACUACCAUGAAAUACUCAAAUAUUCUUUAUGGGUCCAUAGGCUUUGCCAUAAAGAAGGCAAAAAUCGCUGGUUUGCAGGAGUUUCUUUUACAGGUUCAUCCAAGUCAAGACCCUCAGAAUCACAUACUGAAGGAGUUCUGGGAAGAAACCUUUGGCUGCAGUUUCCAGUCAAGUCUGCAAGGAGUAAAGCAGUGCUCUGGAUCUGAGAGACUACGAGACAUAAAAAAUCCUUUCACUGAUGUGUCAGAGCUGAGAAUAUCUAAUAAUGUAUACAAAGCUGUAUAUGCUGUAGCUCAUGCAAUGCACAGCAUGCUAAAAUGUGGAGAAAAGAGUGAAGCAGUUAACAUGUCAUGUACCUGGAAAAGCAUUUUACCGCCAAAAGAAAUCGUGAAACACAUCCAGAAUGUGAAUUUUUCUCUUCCGUCAGGAGAGAGAGUGUAUUUUGAUGAAAAAGGAGAUCCUGCAGCGACCUAUCAGCUAGUGAACUGGCAAAGGAACUCAGCAGGAGACAUUGUGUUUGUGGUUGUUGGAAGUUAUGAUGCUUCACUACAAAAUGGAAAAGAAUUUACCAUGAAUGGACUUAACAUUACAUGGGUUACAGAAUCCUUUGAGAGGCCAGUUUCUGUCUGCAGUGAGAGCUGUCCGCCUGGUUUUCGACAGGCUAUGAUUAAAGGAAAACCCAUCUGCUGCUUCUCCUGUAUCGCCUGUACUGCUGGAGAGAUCAGCAAUUCUACCAAUUCUGCAGAGUGUUCUCCAUGCCCACUGGAGUACUGGUCAAAUGAAGAUCAUAACAAGUGUGUUCCAAAGGUGAUUGAGUUCCUGUCUUAUGAAGAGACCAUGGGUGCCCUCCUCGCUGCUUUCUCUUUGUUUGGAGCAAGUUUAACACUCGUUGUGUCUUUUGUCUUCUUUUGGUUCCGUCACACACCUCUGGUCAAAGCCAGUAACUCUGAGCUGAGCUUCUUGCUGCUGCUCUCUUUGAAUUUAUGUUUCUUGUGUGCUCUGACCUUCAUUGGUCAACCCACUGACUGGUCCUGUAUGUUGCGCCAUGUAGCAUUCGGCAUAACCUUUGCUUUGUGUAUUUCAUGCAUUUUGACUAAGACCAUAACAGUGGUGAUUGCCUUUACAGCCAAAAGACCAGCCAACACAGUUCCUCAGUGUUCUGUGUCAUUACAAAGAAUGGGUGUUCUUGGUGGCACUUUUCUGCAGGUGUUGGUUUGUGCGGUGUGGUUAACUCUGGCACCACCCUUUCCUUACAACAAUACAGUUUAUGCAACAGAAAGGAUUGUUCUAGAGUGUAGCUUAGGGUCAUCUAUAGGGUUUUGGGUUGUGUUAGGGUAUAUUGGCCUUCUGGCGAUAUUAUGCUUGAUCCUUGCUUUUUUAGCUCGAAAGCUGCCUGACAAUUUCAAUGAAGCAAAAUUCAUUACAUUCAGCAUGUUGAUAUUUAGUGCAGUCUGGGUCACGUUUAUCCCAGCAUAUGUGAGUUCUCCUGGAAAAUUCACUGUAGCUGUAGAAAUCUUUGCAAUUUUGGCCUCCAGCUUUGGAUUGCUUUUCUGUAUAUUUGCUCCCAAAUGUUACAUUUUACUACUGAAGCCAGAGAGAAACACUAAAAACCACAUGAUGGGGAGAGAAAAACAUUUUCAUUGAAAAUCAAAGCCAUAAGUGCCGUUGUAUGGCCCACCGCUGCUACCCACCACUA